AUGGUCUCACUUGUCUUUGCUCAUGCAUCUGCAGAGAAGGGUUUUGCUAGCUUUGCCAUAGACUUUCUCAUGGGUGGUGCAUCUGUUGCUGUUUCGAAGACAGCGACAGCUCCUAUUGAACAUGUGAAGCUUCUUAGCCAGAAUCAGGAUGAAAUGAUCAAGGCCGGUCGUCUUUCUGAGCCUCACAAGAAAAUCUCAGAUUGCUUUGCUUACACGAUCAAGGAUAAAACUCUGAAAUCUGAUGGGUGCGGAGCAAACAUUCUCCGAACCAUUGGCGGUGCUGGUGUGCUUGCCGGUUACGACAAACUACAACUGAUUGUCUUCGGCAAGAAGUAUGGCUCUUGCGGUGCCUAUGUUCAAGGCUGA